GCAGAUAUCAGUCUAGGCCUUGCGCAGCCCGGGGCCGGCGGCUUGUCGCAAAGAGACUACGAAGCCAUUGACGUCGCGUUCUUCUUCGUGUAUCUGACCGACGUGUGCGUGCGCAUGCUGGUGUUGCGCAGGCGGUGGCUGUACCAUCAUGGGAUCAUGUACAUGAACCUCUUCGAUGCCUUCCUGGUCGUUGUCCAUGCCGGCGAGAUUGUGCUCGCCGCCGAAGCCAACGGUCACGCUUCUGCCGCGAUGCGGGGUGUUAAGCUUCUCCGCCUCGUGCGGACGGUGCGCAUCAUCCGGACGGUGGCGAUUUUCCGCGAACUUCGCCUCCUGGUGUCCACCAUGCUGGCCAGUUUGGGGACAUUUUUCUGGUCCAUCGUGCUCCUGGCUUUGGUCAAGGUGACGAUGGCCCUGAUCCUUUGCCAACUCCUGCAGGAUUUUAUCUUGGAUGAGCAGAAGGACCUGGAGACGCGCCUCCAGAUGAACCUGUUCUAUGGCAGCUUCUUCAAGUCGCUCUUUACCAUGUUCGAGGUGACUUUUUCCGGGUCUUGGCCGACCCGGUUCCGUCCCAUUGUGGACAGAGUUGACCCCUGGUAUGCCUUGCUCCUCUUGAGCUAUGUGACCACUGUGGUCUUCGCAUUAUUGAGGAUCGUAGCCGCCAUCUUCCUUAAAGAGACGCUUGCGAACGCUGCGAACGAUGCUGAGCUGCAGCUGACGGAAAGCAAGCGGCUGUCGCAGCAAUAUCAGAACAAGUUGGAGGACGUCUUCCACACCAUGGAUGGCGAUGAUAGCGGCACUGUCUCAGUCCAGGAGUUCGUCGAUCAUCUGGACCAUCCAAUCGUGAAGCGGUACUUGGGACUGCUGGACCUGCACGUGAGCGAUGUCGAGGACCUCUUCCACAUUCUGGACGAUGGCGACGGUAUGAUCUCAAUUCACGAAUUCUGCUCGGGCGUGAUGCACAUCAAGGGGCAAGCGCGGGCGUUGGACGUCUUGGCCCUGCAGCGUGCCUGUGGCAAGCUGCUGCAUACCUGCCAGAGUAUAGAAGGCAAGCUGCAGACUGUGCAAGAAGUGAUGCCAAUUUAG